AUGCAAGGGGAGCACGGUACAUGGCUAUCGUCAGGCCUGCAGCUGGGCAUCGGGUACGUGGUGCUGGCAGAGCUGCUGGGGAUAGAGGAGGUCUCCCAGCCUCCUCACGGCUCCUGCCUUGCUCGCCCUGGACGCUACUGCUCCUAUCAGAACUUCAACCACGAUGUCUGUGAUGCUGGUUACUUCUGUGAAGGAGGAAAUGCGAGGCCCACGCCCUGCCCCGAAGGUUUCUUCUGUGCUGCAGGAGCUCAUUCUCCGGCCAAGUGCCCCCAGGGUCACUACUGCGAGAAGCAGGCCAAGGCCCCAGUUCGCUGCCCUCCAGGCUUCCAUUGCCCAGAUCCCAAUGGAGGACAAGCAAAACCAACGCCCUGCCAGGAGGGCUUCUUCUGCGAGGGCUAUACGAGCAAGCAGCAGGCUUGCCCAGCAGGGUUCUACUGCGAGAAGCAGGCCAAGGCUCCGGUCAGAUGCCCUCCAGGCUUCCAUUGCCCAGCUCAGUCAAGCAAGCCCACGCCCUGCCCCGAAGGUUUCUUCUGUGCUGCAGGAGCUCAUUCUCCGGCCAAGUGCCCCCAGGGUCACUACUGCGAGAAGCAGGCCAAGGCCCCGGUCAGAUGCCCUCCAGGCUUCCAUUGCCCAGCUCAGUCAAGCAAGCCCACGCCCUGCCAGGAGGGCUUCUUCUGCGAGGGCUAUACGAGCAAGCAGCAGGCUUGCCCAGCAGGGUUCUACUGCGAGAAGCAGGCCAAGGCUCCGGUCAGAUGCCCUCCAGGCUUCCACUGCCCAGCUCAGUCAAGCAAGCCCACGCCCUGCCCCGAAGGUUUCUUCUGUGCUGCAGGAGCUCAUUCUCCGGCCAAGUGCCCCCAGGGUCACUACUGCGAGAAGCAGGCCAAGGCCCCGGUCAGAUGCCCUCCAGGCUUCCAUUGCCCA